CCUCCGUAGCCAUUUUGACUCAAGGUGCCAGCGGCCCCAGGUGCUUGCGCUGCCGCGGGGAAGCACGAAUCCUCGCAUCACCGCUGGGUUCUGUGCCAUGGGAGCCAGGGAAGUUCGGCUGCCGUCGGCGUCCAGCCAAGCAGCGAUAGAGAGCUAUGUUUCCCGUAUGGCUUCGCAGCUGCCCGCGCACUUCGCCUUCGCCACCCUGGUGCCGUGGAGCUCUCCGCAGCGACCUAGCAAGCUCGCCACACCCGACUCUGCGCCUGGAGGCCAUUGGGACGCAGAGGGAAUCGCGUCCCUGGCGUCCGAGUGCGGCAGCUUGCUUGUGCCAUGCACGUUCGAAACGCGGUACGAGAAGUACAUGAUGAAGAAGUUGCUGGAACAGCUCGAGCCCCACGGUGACUUGUGCGUGUUCGUGUUGCAGCUGCUUGAGGUCUGGGGUGAAUUGAGCCGAGAAUACGUACAGGAGGUCAUGGCGCGCCACGACGCUCUCGUGGUUCUCGGUGCCAACGCUGUGGUGCUGGAUCCCAGUGACAAUUCAGAUCGGCUGCUCCAGACUCUCGACCAAGAGCAGGCUUGGCUCAAAGUGAAUGCGAAGCGUGUAAAUACGAUGAUUGAUCGCGAUGAAGACGAGUUCCAGCGUGUGCUUGACUAUCACCACAAGCUGCUAUGGGAGGACGUCCCGAAAGCUCUGAUGUCCAAUUUCGACCCCAUCGAUCGCAACCUCGUGGAAACUGCCAACAGGGUGGGUGAUUAUCAUGUGACCCGACUUUGUGGUAACGCAAGGAGCGGUAACUACGUACUGCUUGCCAGUCGGAGCGAGUCGGAGAAAGUUGUCCUCAAGAUCUACGACAAGUCGGUCCACGUAAUUGCUGCAGACCUGCACUGCAUCUACCGCGAACUCCGAUUCUUGAGGGACAUGCUCAGGCAUCCACACAUCAUCCGUUGCAAUAACAUGUUCCAUAGUUUCUCCCAGGUGUACUUAGCCCUCGAAUUCGGGGGCAAGCAGAAUCUGCACCAGCGCCUCUGGGACCAGCCAGGGUUCCGCCUCGAUUCCAAGGAUGCUGUGGACUGCACAAUGCAGAUAGCAGGAGCGCUGGCCUACUGUCACUCACAGGAUGUCGUGCACGGGCAAGUGUCUCUGAAGCACAUUGUCAUGGAGGACCAGUCCGAAACGCUUUUCUGCCGCCUGGUGGACUUCUUCCAGGCGUCGCACCGCCCAGAAUCGAUGCCGCUGGCCACGCCGUGCGGAGACCUGCCGUGCAUCGCCCCGGAGGUGGCCCUGGACGAGUCGUACUUUGCCAAGCCUGCGGACUGCUGGAGUCUCGGGGUGGUGCUCCUCGAGGCCGCGGGGGGCCUGGGCUCGAUGAGGCAGGCGGUCGGCUGGCCGGAGGAUGCGGAGCUGGAGCCCACGGCCAGAAGGAUCAAGAAUUUCUUCUCUGGUGAGGGAAGCCACGGUCGUGCACUGGCGGUCAUGGGCGGCGUUCGCAGCGAGCUGGUGCUAGCCAAUCUGUCCGCGCUCCUCGAGCCGACUCCCACGGCUCGGGCGGCCAUGGGCGCCAUCGCGCAGUCCUCCGCCCAGCCCCGUGGCGCCGCGGAAGGCCCCGAGGGCUGGAACGAGUCAGAACACCUCGACUUGAGCCCAGCACCCUCCCUUCCCAUCGCGUAGACGUGCCAUGUCGUGUCAGGCAACUUUUUUCAAUGGCAUGCUUCGAGCGACCAUCUGCUCUGUUCAAACGGCUGCGCGACUCUCUGUUUAUGUUCAGAAGCGUUCCUUGUUUGUUCAAUUCUUCAUAUUUCAAUAUCUGUAAGCUGGUGGCGCGCUCACGACCAAUGAUUCUGCGCUGUCCUCACCGUCAUCCGAGUCAAAAGACUGCAUGGGUAUGGAUCGUUGAUUGCGCCUGCACAAUUCUCAAGUAGUGUGUUGUGUGUCACCAGUGCAAUCGUCGAGCAUAGAGCUGAUAUAGAUGAUGACGGCCCGACCUGGGAGGUUUGUCGCCGUGUGCUGAGAGGAUUGGGCUGUCCUCUUCGGGCCGUGUGGCCAUGCGCUGGCAAUUCCAAACUGUCAGUGUCUGUUUGGCGGAUCUGUCGCGCAGUUUGUCGGCUCUUCGGCAGGGGGAACCAAGGUGUCCUCCCCGCACCACGAGAUCGCCUCUGCAUGCAAACGAGUACCCUCGAUAGCAUCUAGAGGUCAACCUGCUCUUCGAUCUCGACCCCUGGAUCGCCACUUUUUCUCCUCCUUCUCCUGCGCUGCGCACGUUGCCUCCAAAGGACUGUGUCGGCUCGACCUUCUGUGGCUCCGCCUGUUGGGCCGCUUGCGAUCGCGAGCUCGUGCUCGGUGGGCGGGCCGGCGGCCGCGAUUGGCAGGACGUGGGGCCGAGGAGCCCCUGAGACGGCGGCUCGAGGAGAUCGGGUCGAGCUAUGGCCACAAAGGCAGUUGAGCGACGCAGAACACGGGCUCGACUGUGCCGCCAUUCGCGCGCAAGUUGCCCGCGUAAGGUCGCGCAUGAGCGCCCUCGUUCCCAGCGUAGCGUGCCGCGCUGGCGGCCCGCGUAAGCUGCGGCGUCAAGUCGCUAUGGCAUCUCGCGUAAGACCC